AUGGAGAUUUCUGGGGAUGACAUUGCGGAUGCCGUUUUGAAGCAGUUCGACAGCUGGGAAAAGAAAAGGAAACCUCUAGCAAGGCCGAAUGGUGUAAGGGAGUGGGUGCCAUUAAGUGGGAUCGUUGCUCAAGGAACAAAUGGAUUCACCUGUCUAGCUGCUGCGACUGGCAUGAAAUGUCUUCCCCAGAAGAGCGUCCCUCAGGCGCAAGGCGUGGUUUUGCAUGAUUGGCAUGCUGAGGUUCUUGCCAUUCGCUCGUUCAAUCGAUUCUUACUAGAAGAAUGCAAUUCUCUUGCGCUUUCGAAGAAGAAAUCUUCAGAGUAUGUCCGUGUAAGAGACGAGUUUGAGAGAACGGAUUCUCAAUUUCAACCAUUUGCUCUAAAAGAUGGCAUAAAUCUUCACAUGUAUUGCUCGGAGGCUCCAUGCGGAGAUGCGAGCAUGGAGCUCACAAUGGCUUCCCAAGACGAUGCUACUCCGUGGUCACUGCCUCAAUCCAUAGACACCCUGUCCCCCGAAACACCACACAUCGCCGAUUCAGGGCAAGAGCCAAUUCUUCACGGCCGCUCCUACUUCUCAGCUCUCGGCAUAGUCCGCCGCAAACCCUCCCGUCCAGAUGCGCCCCCAACCCUGUCCAAAUCCUGCACCGACAAACUCUCCCUAAAACAAUCUACCUCCCUCCUCAGCUCCAUAGCCUCACUCCUCAUAUCCCCCGCAAACAUCUACAUUCACACGCUCGUGCUCCCCUCCUCACAGCUCUCCACUACCGCCGUCACACGCGCCUUCUCCCCAUCCGGACGCCUCGAACCCCUUGUCGGGAACCAGUGGGAAGGCGGCUACUCCUUCAAGCACUUUCGCAUUCUUUCGACAGAAAAAGAAUUCGCUUUCUCCCGACGCAGCGCGAAAGAUGUCGUACCUAGCAACAUAGCCUCAUCAUGGAUGCCAAACAGUACCGAGACGUUGAUAGGCGGCACGCUGCAAGGAAGGAAACAGUUUGAUGUAAGGGGUGCGAGUAAGGUUUGUAAGAGGAGGAUGUGGAAGCUUGCGCUUGAGGUUGCGGUUGUGGCUGGUAUGCCGGAUGUUGAGAGGUGUUUGAGAAUGAAGAAGUAUGGGGAUUUUAAGGAAGCUGGGUUGCUGGAUGGGAGAAAUCAGGUCAAGGGGGAUGUUAGAGGGGUUCUUGGGGGGUGGGUUAGAAAUGAGGGUGGUGGAGUGUUUGGUGUUGAGGGGGUUGAGAUUUAG